GGGCGCCGCAUGGCGCGGGCCUGAUGCCGGAGCGCGGCCCGGCGCCGCGGCGGCGCUGCGGGAGGAGGAUGGCGGGGCUGGCGUGGAAGUGGCCGCGCACCCGCCUGCCCGUGGGGGCCAGCGCCCUGGGGGUCUUCGUCCUCUGCUGGCUCUACGUCUUCCCCGUCUACCGGCUGCCCGACGAGAAGGAGAUCGUGCAGGGGGUGCUGCUGCAGCAGGGCAAGGCGUGGAGGAGGAACCAGACUGCGGUCGCCCUGUUCAGGAAACUGCUGGAAGAAUGCUGUGAUCCUGGGCAGCUCUUUGCUAUGACAAAGCUGAACUCCCCAAUGGGAAAGAACCUCUGGUUUGAUGGGGAAUUUUUGUAUUCUGUCACUAUUGACAAUGCAACUUACUCUCUCUUCCCACAGGCUACUCCCUUCCAGCUGCCACUGAAGAAAUGCUCCGUGGUGGGAAACGGUGGAAUCCUGAAAAAGAGCGGCUGCGGCAAACAAAUAGAUCAAGCAGAUUUUGUCAUGCGGUGCAACCUUCCUCCUCUAUCCAGUGAAUACAGCAAGGACGUUGGAUCGAAAACCCAGCUGGUGACUGCAAAUCCCAGUAUAAUUCAGAAAAGGUUCCAGAAUCUGCUGUGGUCUCGAAAAGCGUUUGUGGACAGCGUGAAGGUGUAUAACCGCAGCUACAUCUACAUGCCAGCCUUCUCAAUGAAGACAGGGACAGGACCCUCCCUGCGCGUCUAUUACACCCUGGAGGACUUUGGUGCCAAGCAGGCGGUCCUUUUUGCCAACCCCAAUUUUCUGCGUGACAUUGGCAAGUUCUGGAAGAGCAAAGGUAUCCAUGCCAAACGGCUUUCCACAGGACUUUUCCUAGUCAGUGCUGCCCUCGGUCUGUGUGAAGAAGUAACAAUUUACGGCUUCUGGCCGUUCUCGGUGGACCUGCACGGGAAGUUUAUUAGCCAUCACUACUAUGACAAUGUCUUGCCUGAUUCUGGAUUCCAUGCCAUGCCGGAGGAAUUUCUACAGCUCUGGUUUCUUCAUAAAAGUGGUGUACUGAGAAUGCAGCUAGAACCAUGUGAGGACCCUUUAAUCCAGUCUUCUGCCUGAGGAUCGUAGGAGUCAGUUUGGGAGAUCCAAUAGUUUUUAAUUUCCAUGCUCUCCAACAGAGAGUUCUGUUUUCUGUUGAUUCUUUUUAAAGGGAAAAUAAUCGUGGGUCUGCAUGGACCAUAAAAAUGCUACUUGAAGGCCAAAUGGAAUACGUCCUUAAAGUAUAGUGCUUUAUGGAACUGGGGUGGGGGAAGCAAAUCUCUCCAUCGAGUCCAUUCAGCAGCAUUGUGAAAAUCAUGUCAGAAGCAGCACAGCUGAACUUUCCGGGGGACGUUUUUAAAUGACUGAUGUAAAAAGGGCAUUAAGGCUCGGAGAGUCACAGAGCCACCCACAAGCUUUUGCUGACAGUGCCAAAUAUGACUGUCUGUUCAAAAAUCCAUUUCAUUCCAGAUUGGCACCUCAUACAACUUUCCUUUUUUUUUUUCCCCUCUGUUUGGGUGUGUGUGUGAGUAGGAGAGCAUGUGUGUGUUGUUGACUUUCUUUGUUUCUUUCCUUUUUUUUUUUCCUUUUUUUUUCUUUUACUUUUUGUUUUUUUUCUUUUUUUCCCCCAGUGGAAGGAAAAGGAAAGGUUUAAAAGCCCCAGGAGCUGAGUACCAUAAGCUCCUCUGAAGACUCUUGGGAAAGUGAAGGGUGCUAAGAAUCUGGUUAGAAGAAUGUCCUAGGAAUGCCCUGCUACUGAGUAUGGAUGGACUUACCUGUUGUAGGUUUUAUCAGGAUGGUUUAGGUCAUUGCACUUAUAGCUAUGCUAAUGCUAUACUGUGGGCAAGAGCUGGUUAAGGGAAACUGGUCUGAAAAUACUGGGUUUGUAACAAACGUUUUGGUGAAGUGCAGCCUGGUUUCAGUUGACCUGCUGCAAGAUUUCCACAGUGACUUUUGUAGUAGGGAUGGUUCCUGACCUGUUUUGCUGUCCAGCCUUAGGGAUUAAUUCUGUAUUCAUUUGGACUCCAGAUGUUCAUUGACUGUCAAGGGGAUUUGAGGUGUUCAGUGGAAUGCAGAAUGAGGUUCUUCAUUUGCUUAUGGCAGAAAAACUGCAGAAAUGAAUGUAAGUGUCAUUUAAAAUGAGUUGAAGCUUCGAAAAUCCUUGCUCUUUGUGUGACUAGUUCUUCUGCUUGGAUUGUAACAUUAGCCUUAAAGACUUGUACUUUUCUCGCAAGAUUCUCUCUGGUUAAAGAUAGUCUGAAAAAUAAAACAGCCUUUGGGAGCACUGAAAAGCUGCAUAGCCAGCAAGAAAAAGAAAAAAAGAAAACGGCAGGCCCUUACGUAAGGCAGCCUCUCUCCUUGCAGUGGGUGAAUUAUGUCAGUGUGCGCAUUGCGCGCGCGCUGCUCCGGCCAGCACAGCGCCUGAAGGACUGUUUUAUUUUGGGUUAUUACUUGGGCAGCAGAUGGUCCUAUCGCCAUGUAAAUGAGAAAUCUUUUUUUUGUUUGCUUUGGUUUAGCACUGUAGGACAAGAAGAGAAUACCAGCUCAGUCCAUGGUGCAAUUUCAGCUGCAAGAUGUCAUCAUCGUUAACUUUAAAAAUCCAGAUCAGUGUUCUCUUUCUUAUCUUUCCAUCAUUAUUAGCUGAAAUUCUAGUCAAAAUGUUGAAACAACAAAACUGUCAUCAGGUUUCCACAAUUUCCUGUGCUACCUGUUUUAGCUCCAAAGUGCUAGUAUUUUGGGGGAUGUGUCCUAUCAUAUGUUGACAACGUCUCUCUUUGUAGACUACCAGCUGCAAGUUAUAUAGAUAUAAUUAAAAAAAAAAAAAAAAAAGCAAAAUCCGUGGCUCUUCUUUAAAUAUGAAUAAUUCAACUAUCUACGUAGGACACACUAGAAAAAAAAUAAUCAUGUUUUGCUUUUUAAACCUAUGUUUCGUAAUAAAAAUCUUUCUAAAUAUGGAUAUUCCAAGCAUAAAGUGGGCGCUGUUCCAUGGGAUUACAGGGCAGUGCUAAACUGUAAAGUUGGAAAUUUGGAUUAAAAAGCAUUCUAGAGAUUGUUCUGAUAAAAUCCAAAUGUGCUUCUAUAACCCAUUUUAUCAUUGUCCAUAUUUUUGUUAAAAGUUCAGUCAACACGCUGAUGGGACGUCACUCAAUAAUUCAUUCCCUUUCAUUAUGUUUGAUCUAUGAUGUGGGUACUCGGUGAGGAAGGAUUUGAAAGUAAAAUAUUUUCUUUACUGCUUGUUAUGGCAGAAUUGUACUGAGCUGCCUUUCUUGGAGAAGAAGAGGUGCCUGUAUGGUUUUUAUUGUGCGCAUCAAGUUUUGCAUUUUUUAGUGCUUUAAAGAUUACAUUAUCUGUGAGAACAACAGUCGAAAUAUGGUGUGCUAAAAUGGCACUGCAGCAGUAUGCCAGCAUUUCCUUGGGGGUGGGAGGGAACGAGGAGAGUAGGGGGGAGCUGCCUCUUUGCUGGUCAUUUGUUUUGUAUUUUUACCAAUACUUGGGAAUUUAGUUCUGAACCUCUCUGACAGCUCUCCAACCCUUUGGUAAUCCUUUUUUCCAUGUCUUGGGAAAAUAAUCGGAUUAGAAGAACAAGAGAAAAACAUGUAUUUUUUUAGGAAAACUCUGUGCAGUGUUUCAUAAUGUCUGGCUUCUUCAUGUUCAGCUGGUGCCCUGGGUAUCUGGAGCUGAUGUAUUCCCCACCCCUGUAAGACUGAGGCAGCCUGAACCUGUAGCCUGUGGUCUUUGUGAGUCCCUUCUGAUGUCUGCUGUCCUGACAUUUGCAGGGGGGUAGCUUCCAAAAAAUUAUGGGGGUAGGGGAGACCUAGGCUGUGUUUGAUGUGUGACUGAUGUUGGAGAAAUUGAUAAUUCUGGCUCUAUUCACAUUUAUGUAUAGUGAAUAUAACUAUCUUACAAAGACAACCAAAUUUGAUGGGAAAGGCUUCAAGGAUAAAUAAUUUUCUAUAACUUCCAGAAAACUGACAGCUGAGAAAAGAAGAGAAAUGAAAAGAAAUGCCCCUUUUGAGAGAGCAAAACCUGUUUUAGCUGGCUGACUUGUCAGUCCAUGCAAACACUGGCAAGUGAUCAGCCUUUUGCCAGGCAAAUAAAAAGGGAUGCAGGAGAGUACUGGAAGUGUUUUGUGGCAAGAGCAGUCACCAAAAAAAAAGAAAAGCAUCUGGGAACGUGCGAGUGGCAGCUGCAUGACAGAAUGUUGGAGCAAAUAUGCUCCGUCCACGCUGCUGCUCAGCGUGAGGCUUGCCUUGUCUAAAUCUAGGAGUGGGGCGGGUUGCAUGUGUAGGAUCAUCGAUGUGAAAUAUGGCAUUGCAUGCAAGGGACUGAGGCUGUAUCCUUCUUCAGGAGGGAGGUCACACCAUGGGAUAGGACCAUACUUCUGCUUAAGGCACAAGGAAAUCCAGGAGGCUAACUGUAAGUGUUAACCGUGAGAAAUCAGCAUCUCACAGUCAUGGCAAACUUUGGUCAGCGUGAUUAUAUCCAUCCAGUAUUUACCUCUUGAUUGAUUCCAGUCCAUUGAUGGCAGUGCCCUUAAUCAAAUCUCAUUGCUUGUCUUGCUGUAUUUUCCUUGAAGUGAAUUGAAAUCGUAAUGUUUAUUUGGCUGGUGAAAUUCCCUACUCUAGCUUCUCUAUUUCCACUGCCAGUCCCUAAAUUUCUCUGAUAGUGUAGCUAAAGCUGCACAAGUCUCUGCCAAGUUGAAAGCUACUGCAAUUCGUCUUCAAUAAAAACUAGUUCAGACUGGCCAAAUGAUUUGUUAAUGAUCCUAGUUACUAAUUUUAUCAUAGAGGUGACAAUGUACAGAGGCACUGGAAUCAUUGCUCUGCACAGGAAGCAUUGCCCCACAUUUGUAAGAAGAAUAAAUUAAAUUCCUUUACAAUAGCUGUGCAUGGAAGAUACUCAGUACUGAAAUCACUCUAGAUAUAAUCUUUUUUGGGGUGUAUAAGCUUUUGAGUAAAUCAAGAACAAUUCUUGAACUUGCACCAAAACUAUGUAAAACUUCUACUUCCUGUUGAUUAUGAAGCCUUUGGAGCUCCUUCUAAAACAGACAAGAAAAAAACGGAAGCCAGCAAACUAAAAUCAUAGAGAAGGGGUAUGUGUGCGCUCAUGAGAAUAAAAACAUUUAUAAUUUUGGCACAGAGCUUGCUAUAAUACUAAGAACUCUUAUUCAUGAAUGUUGUAUUUUUAUAUUUUUGCUGAAAUGAAGAUACCAAGUUUGGGGUCAACCAGCUGCAAAAGUCAAAGGUCCAAGCCUCUGUUACAGCUUAACUUUUGUAGAAUAUAGAAAUAUUGGCUGUUUUGUUGACUUGACUGCUUUCACCUUUUUGUUAGCUUCAUCAAAAUGGUGUCAUAACAUACACUGCUGAGUUUGCACCUCUGUGGGUGCUGAAACUAAGCAAAGCAUCUGUUUUUUUUAAAUUUAAUGUCUGAACUGUGAUAGUUAUGUAAACCCCUUCCUCUGUACAUCUUCAUGGAAAGUGGUUUAAUAUCUGGAUCACCCUUGCCUAUAAUUAAUAAGGACAACAUGAUCAAGGAAACUUUUGAUCUAUAAGUGAGAUUGAUGGAGGUGAACGCUAUCUCACCAUUUACUGCCUGCUUUGGUUCUUUCCUUCAGCUGGAUAGAUUAGUAAGUAGGGGAAGAAGUCCAGGUUACACAAAGGACAGGCCGUUCCUGAAGAGUUGGAUGAUGCUGGAAAAAAGGAAGAUCAAAUCAGUGGUGUAACCAAUUGGAGUGUAGCAAUUCUUGAUAAAGAUCCCCAGUUCUAAGCAACUGUAGGAUAUUUUCAUCUGGUAAUGACUGUGAAAAAUGGACAACCUAUGACCUACCAAUGGUUUUCUGCACGACAGCAGCAAAGCGAAAUGUUAUGAGGAGGGGAAACUGAUUAAACAGAAAGGGAAAUACAAUGGAAGAAAGAAUGAUGAUGGAAAAUCUGCCUUUCCCUUCUCUUCUGCCACUCCCCCAAAACACACUUAUAAAAUGGACUAACCAGCUAUUAUCCUGAGUCACUCUCUCCUUCGUGAAACGACAUGGUGGGAUUUCCAUUAGCUGAUACUUGCUAGUAAACAAAAUUCAUCAGGCCUUGUCCAGAAAUGCCUAUUCCCUGGCUCCAUGGCUGUUUGGGGGAUGCUCUGGGGGCUGUGGCUGUCCUGGUGUGCUGUGACCUCCCUAAUGGGACCUGUACCUAAUGUCAUGUGGUUCCAUCAGAUCUCCCGCUGGGAUCAUCUGGACUUGUAUUUGUGCCCCAAGAAGUCAUCCUAAAGGAUCUCUCUGCUCUGUCCUUCCUGAUGACCAUCCUCCGUGGGGUUAGAAGUGUGAUUUAAAAAAUCAGCCAUUAUUUAGCUAAUAUACAUUGUUGUUUUGAACCAUCUUUUCUUCUAAAGUGUUCAUAAAUCCAACAAGAGUUACCUCCAAAUUGAAAAUACAACUUCAGUUAGGUGUGUUGAUAAUUCCGUCAUUGGAGAACAGAAAGGGGAUGGAAGAAGGCUGUGUUUUUCAAAGCGAUUGUUGUAAAAUAGCCUCUCUUUCCUUGAAUUCCCAGAUUUUGUCACUUGGAAUCUAUCAGAUGUUUGACUUUUUGGUAGUUUUUUAACAGAACAAUUAGUAAAAGACUUACUGGCCUUUUUGUUAAAUAUUAGCAAACUUAUUUUCCUAAGUGUAACACAAAUACCCAACAGGAGGCUUAACCUAUUCUCCCUAGCUGAUACUUCUUUGGCAGCAAUGAGAACUUAAACAGCUACUUAUUCCUCCCUGAUUAUUCAUUUUCUUCAGUUUUUAUUACGGCAGGUUGAGCCCUAGUGUAUUCAGCCUCCUCAGCCUAAUGCAUAUACUUAAAAAUGAAUCUCACUCUGUCUUUUCAGCUGUAAAAAAAAAAUGAAAGUUGUUAAUUGAAAAUGGUUGCAUUAGGUUCCCUCUACAAUCAGGAGCGACAGGCACCUCCAGACGGCGAUUCGUGCUUUUCUUGAGCAUGGGCUGCCUUCAGAGGUCUCCGCAGGACCGUGCGAACACCCCAGCGGUGUCCGUAAGGCUAAGCCGCGCAGGGCAGAGCACAACCUUAAGCGUUUUCCCCAGCGGCGCGUAGUUGCUGGCGAGCGUACCGCUGUGGCUUUGCGAGGCGCCCGCCGCCGCCGCCCUAACCGGGGCUCGGGCGUUGCGCGGGGCGGGGGGGGCAGCUCGGUGACCCGCUCCCGGUGGUCCGUGCGGAUGGUGCCAGCCCGGUCGGAGGGGAUCGGCUGCGUGCCGAGUUCAGGCAACCCUGGCGUGCCGCUGGUGCUCAGGGACGGCACGUAGUCCUCGCCUGUGCGAAGGCAGCAGUUACGUUCGGGGCAGUAGCGCGUAAGGAUAAGGCCGUUGACUGCUGCUGGGACUUGGCGGUCACCGGGGCGGCUCCGUUUAGAUCUGCUGUGGGUACGGUUCAGCAAGGGCUGUUGCUGACCAGGCCCGAGAUCAUUACCCGUGGCAAGGUUAGCACUCUCCUGCUUCGCAGUCAGAAGUGCCGGGCUUACUGGAAAUGAUGGCAGCUCGUCCCUUUGGAGACCAGCCUGCUUCUUGCCCUGAAACACUUCUGAUCCCUGGCAAAUCUCAGAAGGGCCUAUUAAAACUGCAUCUUAAAAUAAUCUACACGUACUUCCUGCUGCUACUGAGUUGGUCAGCUUUCUGUUGAGCUGAAUAUUUAUCCUGUUUGGGUCCCUCUAAGGCAAGCGAACCUUCAGCACUCAGACUGCCUGGAAUUUACUGUGUUAUUUGGUGUCUUCACCUUCCAAGUCAAACCCUUUUUUUCUUUUAGACUAGAUUUAACUAUUGUGAGUGAAUCCAAAGUGAGUAUAAGAAAGCAACACCACAUGUAAUUGUUCUCUGGUUUGCGAAUAAGCUGGUGUUCAAUAAAACACUAAAGUACCGUUUGAAUAAUUCCUGUUGAUUUCUAAUUGUAUAUUCAAUGAAUUGUUUUGCUGAGAUGGGGCCCAUAGCAAAGAUGAGUUGCAUCGUUUGCUGUUUAUUGGAAGGGAGCAAUUACAGAUGCAUCAUAUAUUUUAAGCUAAAUUCUUACCAAGAAGUUAGGGAAUCUACAUACUCUGUGAAAAGCUUUGUUACUGUGUGAUUACCUUGGUAAUAAAGGAAACGUUUUCACUGAAAAUAGACGCACAAAGGAAAAGAGAUUUUGAUUAGAACAAUAUAAUCUGGAGCACUGAGGGUCAGAUUUGUGUCCCUGCUCGGAUGUCUUCGACCAGGCUCUCGGUGUGCUGCGAGAGUUCCGUAAUCACAACUUCUUUUUCUUCUCUGCAUGUAUUAAUUUUUAUAGAAAAUGCUUGAAUGCUUUUUUUAUAACCUCUACGUGCACUGAAAGUAAACACUCCUUUUUUAAGAGCGCAAGUUUUCUUUUCGGAUACCCAUAGCUUUUAGUAUGCAGAGCAAAACUGACAGAAGAUGUCCGGUUUUCAGGAGAACGCUGUUCUGGAAUAGCCUGGCAGGGCUCCUGCAAACACGCGAGUUGAUUGCUGCCUCUUGAGCUGUAGAGUUUCAGCAGAUGAUACAGAGUGUGCUGCACUGACAAUAAAAAAAGAUAUUUUAGCCACAGCUCUGCCUGCUUGCUUGAUGUCUCCCAUGUGCUGAGUGGUAUUUCUUACUUCUGCGAGGGCUCUUCAAGCAUGGGCUUUGAUCCUGAAUAUCAUACGUUGACUAGUUUUAAAGGACUGGACUUUGAAUGUACUGGAAACCGAAAUGAGCAUUGAAAUGACUGGAAAUAAGUCCUUUAAUGUAUCAUUUGGUCACGCUGCAUGGUUUGGCCUGUUAAAAAACAGACCUGUCUGUAUCCGAAAGCCAUUUUAUCCGAGUAUGAGACUUGUAUAUACGAGGAGGUCGCUGGAAGGUGAAUGAAUGUCUGAUGCUGCAUAGGGCAAGGACUUCCAAAAAACACUGUGUUUCUAUUUAUAUCAAUAAUGAAAUCCCCAUUGAGCCAAUAUUGGAUUAGGUCAGCAUUCAGUGCUCUUGAAACUCCUACCCCAUAAGCAUUUCCAAGAAUUGUUCCAUGCAUAGGCAGAAACAGUAGAUUUUUCUUUUGUUCAUGCUCUUCACCUUGCAUUGAAAGUGGAAUGAAGUGUCAAUCAGAACUCUUAUUUACCCUUUUUAGAGGUCUCUCUAGACUACCUAAAUAAUAUAUAGGCACACAAUUAUAUAAAUAUAAACAAAAUAGCUGAUAGCCUUAAGUUCAUAGCUCAAACACGGAUUAGUAUCUUGAAGAAUUACUUUUAAAUCAUUUAGUAAAAAAAAAUUGCACAAAUUUUACAUGUGAAAAAAGAUCCCAUUUUUUUUCUCCUAAAAUACACUAAUAACUGAACAACUUUAUUUUAGAGAUAUGUGAGUGUUUCCCCUGGUUUUCAAGUUAUUCUGCAUUUCUAGCUUUGUAUUCAGGUCCAUACUUCUGCAAAGCUUCCAAUUUUAGACUACUCCGUGUGGUGUCCUUAGAUAAAAAAUUAAAUGUUAUACUCCAAAUGUAGUCAAAAAAGAAAGAAAAACAAAGUCAGGACAGAGGUUCAGAUCUUCUGAAGUCUGUUACUGUUUUUGUACUGCCAUUUAGUCGUGGUGUCUAAAGAACUAGGCAAAGAUCAGAAAGGAGAUAAAUAUGCAAGAUGACACAGUCUUUCUCAUAAAGAUAAAGGGAUGCAAGCAUGUAUUUAAAUGCUUGGCUGAAUUGGGACCUAAAGUUAUUAACAGAUGUUAGGUCUUUAUUCUUUCACUUCUCUUUCCCUUGAUUCUUCUUGUACUGGGGUGAAACCUGCUGCGUUCACAAGUUGUUUAAAAUCUCCUCUGCACUAUGGUGAACUUUCCUUUGGGCUCUAAACCGAACAACAUAACGGAGAGACAUAAACCACUUCAGGUCUGUUAAUACCGAGUGCAAGCAAGCUUGUAUGCAGUAUUGCACGUCUUCCUAGUAUUAAUUACUGUAUUAACUCAGAAUUAAAAUGAAGGCUUUCUCAUUUCUGAUUCCACUUACCCCAGAAUGUUUGAAAUCUCUCUUCCUGCGGUGAUUUCUCUGUCAGAUGAAUGGAGAUUAUAUUUAGCUUAGAUGUUUUGAGAGUUAGGUAACUCAUGCUUGGGAAGUAAAGUGAAAAAAAUGAGAAGUUUUAUAAAAUGUAAAGGUUUAUCUGUUUUGAACAGUGAAAUCCAGCAAAUGAACAAACCUUUCUAUCUGACUGAAUUUAUGCUUCUGUGUUAAAAUCCACCAUCAUUGUUAUUAAGUACAAUAAGGACAUUACCUUCAGAUAACGCAUAGAUUGUAGGAAAGUGAAAAGCCAUACAUUUUAAUGAGGAAAAAAGGUUUUCUUCUCUCUGCCCUACCCUUCAAUUUAUAAGCCAAAUUUGCUGCUCUCUUUCUUUUACCGUUCUGAGUCCUGUGAAAUCAAUAGAAUUGCCUAGAUUUUAACCAGCUGUCUGCUCUCAAAGCUGAGGGAAUUCAUCCUGUGAAAAUUUUAAAUUAAGAUAUUUUAAAGCAGUGCCAGAUUAUGCUACCUAGUUAAAGGUUCCUAUUCUGUAAGCUACUGAUUUUUUUCCACAAGCGUAGAUCACGUGUAGUUAUGCUAUUUGUUGGUUGUUUUUGUAAGGCAGGUAUCUUACUGCAUUUCAAAUGUCUGCUGUGCUAAGGUGUCAGAGUCUGAAAUCAAAUCAUGAUCCAAGUCAUGUCCUUGUUUCAGCAAGUUGUGUAGAAGUGAUCCAUGUGCUGCUCUAUCUGUCAAGUAUAUUGUAUGAGCCAAGUGAAAAUGAAAAAAGGAUUUUUCUACAGUGUGAAGCCUCACAAUUGAGUGAGGAAUUAGAUAUCCUCAAGUAAUUUAUUGUCCGUGAUGGUCUGAUGCCUGGCUAAUGUUUCCAUUCAUUGUCAGAUAAUUUUGUUAGACUUUAUUGAUGUAAUGAUAUGAUCUUUUCCCCCUGCUAUUCGACGGCAAUUUUUCUUUUCUGAUGGUUUUUGCAGGGAAGAAAUCUUUCUUUAUUCUCAUUUUUUUUUAAUGACGUUUUAUAUCUAAGGCUUAAUUCUAGUCUCAGAUGCUGUUUGUCUUAAAAAUGUUGGUCUUACGCUUUUUUCCUGUGUUGUCCACAGUAUCUUCUUUUCGUAACACUACGUAUGAUGGUCAACAAUGAAGUCUCGACAAAUCAUGUUUCUCUUAACCAUUAAAAGUCUUUGAGAACUGAAAAUUCUUCUGGCUUUAAUAAGUCUGGCUGUAAGUGUCCUUGGGUUUUAGGCCAAAUUGCACCCAGUUAGAUCUUGAAUCUUUGCAAUAUCUUAGUGCGCUCAUAGUCAAUCAGGCAUCAACAAAAUAGAAAUUCAUUUCCAAAAUUGCUUUCAACCUCAGUGAAAAACAAGGAGUCUUUAAUAAACCUUCUUAAUAAUGGCCUGUAACUACCACGGUGAUAAAAAUAUUUUUAAUUUUCGUUUUAUGUCUCAUGGAAGUUACAAGCUCAGACGAGGAUAUAAACAACUCGAAUCAGUAUGAGUCGAGUUGUCCUCUUGUUUUUGGUACACGUAUGCUUUCCAUUGACUGUACUAUUUUUCAUUUUUUCUUUUGCUUGCAUCUCGGCGAAUAUCUCUCAGAUUCUCUUCCAAUACUUAAAUUAUUACUACAUGUAAUGUAGAGGAAUUGCUCUUAGUAAGGUUUCUGUUCCACUGGAGAGUUUACUAGUAGUCUGCGUUUUAAGCGAAAGGGGGUUUACCCUGCUCUUGGGGGAGAACUGUUUGGGUGAGAAAGCAAGGCAUUAAAAGCCACCGCCCGGGUCUCGUCUCGCCUGUGCUGCGUAGCUGCGCGGGGGCGGAGGGCAGCCACUGGCUCCCGAACCUCCUGGGGCUGCGGGAGAUGCUCGGAGGGGCUGCCGGGGCUCUGCCUUCGGGGUGGUCCUGGGGCCGCCGGGUGCUCCCGGUCCGGCCGGGCAAGAGAGGAGCCAGCGGGGCGGCGGAAGGCGAUCCGAGCCGCGGGGUGAGACGUGCGGCGCGGUGCCAGCCCUCGCUUGGCCGGGGCUGAGCGGGAGCCGCUGCCGUCUGCCGCCCGGCACGUGGCGCGGGGAGCCCGGCGCUCGGGCACGGCCAGCCUCGCUGGCCCCGCCGGGAAGCGGAGUUCUGAGUCUGAGGAGCGGUCUCCCGGCUGGAAACGCCUGGAGCACCGUGAUGUCGUCCCCUGGCCUGCCUUUCCCGGCCCUGAGCAGCUCAUCGCCAGAGCCGGGUGCCGGGAGCUCCCCUUGGCCGAGUGGCUCCGCGCCGCAGCCUCCUGGUGCCUGGGCCCUCUUGAAAGCGGCAGGAACUUCAAGUGCAACAGCUGUAGCGACGUGGCUCUUUUUCCCUUGUCGUGGAAGGGAAGACGGUGCAAAACUUUUCCGUGCCGUGCUUUAGCCGCUUACAGGUCAAGAGCAAGACAGUUUGCUGUAAAUCCUGAUUUUUCGCCCUAAGCGUGGGAUAGAAAGGGCUCCCGUUUUUAUUCUGAAACCUAGAUUUUUUUAAAAAGAUGCAUUUCGGAACAAUUAUGAAUAUCUAAGUUAGCAACUGAAAUCUCAUAGAGUCAUUUUCAUCUUCUCCAGCUCUGGCAGUUCAAGGUGACACAGCAAUCCUGCCUUCGUGGUGGAAGUCCUUUAAGGACUUCUAAACCUUUCUGUUUCUUACACAUACCAGACACCUUGCUUUAACCUGUGUCAGUGCUGGUUCUAUCUGGCUAUUUCCGAAAGCUCAAGUGAAAAACAAAGGAACAAAGACACAAAGGAAAUUAAAGGUGCUUAGCUGUGAUGUUUUUAUAGGGUGGUACAUUGCUUUGAUAAUGAACUGUGAAACGUAGCAUGCGGAUGAUGAUGAUGAAUGUAAAAGACUGCAUGUGUUUUUAUUUGAAUGUCGUGUCCAUGAGCUGGAUUAUUAGUAUGAGCUCUGUAGUGUAAAAAUACUGAAAAGAGAAGUGAAAUGGAAAGAAGGUAUUUCUAGCAGUUUUUGCAGUGAACCACGCCCUCUUUCGUCUGUCUCCCUUUUCACAACCAGACUCAGAUUCCAGUAACGUAAACUUUACCGUUAGGAUGGUAAUAAACAAACUGCUCUCUUCCUAAAGUUAAAUACAUUUCCUUCCAGCGUUGUAGGAGAAAAUCUAUGUGCAUUUCCAGCAGAUCAGACUUCUUCCCAAGCGUGGGCUCAUAGGGCCGCACUGGCUGGGAGAUAAGUUGGGGUCACCGAUGAUGCCAUACUGUGUGUUUCCUGCCCACAGAAUUCAAUAGUCUGUUCCUGUGCCAGGAAAUAAGUGACUGUGGUUUGGUACGGAUUGCUGCUUGCUUAUGGCUGGAAACUGAAGUGCAAGCUAAAAUGCCGUGAGCUCCCUUCCAUUUCUUGUAGGCACAGACAGGCACGCGACUCGAGGAAGAAGUUUUGAACUUGGCUGGAACAGAAAUGGGCCAGGCAAAGGUUUUUCAAAAUUAUUACUUUUACAUUUACCUGACUGAGGUAUUCAUGAGAAGUCAGUGAUUUCAGGAAGGACUGACGUUUGUUCCCUUAUCUCUGAGUUGCAGUGAUCCUGAAAUACCUGCCCAGCCACAGGGACCUAGGGAACCCACAGCUGGCUCAUCACUGGGGUUAUACCAACUCCCUGGUGUUUUGCUUUGGGACAAAAUAGGUUAUUUGAAGGCAAGCAGCCCAGGAAGCAUUGCUUGAAGGAUCAUGAUUGGCUUCUGCUUGUCUCCACCUGUAGCUGCAAGGUCCCUGCUCUCACCUUCCCUGUCAUAACACCUGCACAUCUCAGACCUCCUGCUUUGUAGCUGACCCCAUCUGCAAGGCUGGCUAUGAGAGAGGGCAAGCCUUCCUCCAGGUGGAGUGUUCAAGCAAGUGAUGCUUGAAUCAAUGGUGAAACACACUGUACCAUAAACAUAUGUUUGGAAGGAGCUCAGUGUUUGGUUGAAACAAGACUGGGGAUCGGUCUGUGGUUUAUAGUAAUGCUGGUAUACAACAGCCCAGGCAGGACAGGUGCAAGGUGUCUCCUGUCUCUUUGCCAUUUUUGCGCUCUCGUACAAUAUUUCCAAAGGAGCAACGUGAUGUGGGACGUCAGUGUUAGCUGGUGAAUUUUGCCCUUGCGUAAUUCUAGUACUUUGAUUUGCGUUCCUUCUUAUCUUGCCCAGUUUAUUGAAAAAUGUGAUGGUAAUGUGGUAGUUCAAUGUCUUGAGAUGGUCUUAAAGUAGAUAAGCAAACCAUUAUGCCUCUGAGGUUGCAUAACUCCAUGGAUUUGUCUUACCUCCAGUGACUGGCAUGUAAUAUUUAUUGUAUCAUUUAUGAUGUAUGUAAGCUUUACAGGCUGGAUGUUGUGUCAAAAUGACGUGAGCACUUGGGUAAACAUCUCCUUGAAUCACCAUCGUUUUGGCACGCUCAGGGGCAAAGGUACUUGUGUGGAGUGUGUUAAACAUCACAAAGCGUGUUGUUGUUUAGAGUCUUGUGAUUAGGGCUUCGAUCUAAUUCUCUCCAAUGUAGCAAAUGUUUGCUGUCGGCUAACACUGUUACAAGGACUAAGGGUUUAUCUUUCUUUGCCUGGCAAUAAUGUAUUUUCUAUUAUGUCAGUAGAAUUUGUUCAUUUUCAAGUAGUGUGCAGUGCUCCUUUGAAGAAUGUCUCUUUUUCAGGUGGUUUCAUGGUGACUGUACCCCAAAAUGUCUAGAUGUCUCUCAAUAGCAAAAAUUGCUUUGUUAUUGAAUGUAUUAUUUAUUAACAGUAUCUUGUUGUCUUUUUCUAGUCACAUUUUACAAAAUAUGCCGCAAGCAUCUCAUGUGAUUUUUAUAAGGAAAGUCUUAUUUAUAAUAUUCAUGCAAGUGGACGGAAACAAAUCUCAAUUUUAUAGUAGUCCAUGCUUUUUUUCAUAGCUGCAGAGUCUUCAUAAGCAUGAUCAGAAGGGACAGCCUCAUUGUUUUGUUUAAUUUUGAUGGAAUUUUUCAAAGGUAAAUAUAAUGUUAUUUAUAAUUUGGAUUUAAUUAUCUUAACAAAUAAAUAUCUCCAUUUUAAGAAAUGAAAAUAGUAUUUGUGGGGCUUCUUUUUCUUCUCUUUUCCCCAUUAUCUAGCUCAGUAUGUCCAAACAGUCAAGGUCAUUUCCUCUUCCUCUUUAUGUUGUCCUGUGGAGUCUAUUGUCAUGUCAAGAUUUACAUCUGUUGUCCUCAUCUGAUAUUUCUGGUUAUUCUGCUUACUCAAUUCCUUUUCUUUGUAGCUUAGUCAGUGAGAUGAAUUUAUCUACAGUGUUAGUCUAAGAAUUAACCUGGGGCUGAACCUGAACAUUUCUGCCUUCCCAGAACAACCCAGAAACACAACUUUGGGUGCACGUAGGAAUCCCAAGGAGACACAGGCAUUUUGUCAAAGAGGUUCCCAUUCCACACUCGAAUUAGUGUAACUGAAUCCCACUUGCUUGGACUGGAUGUUCCAGUGCUCAGUCUAAUACCCACAUAAGAGGCCUUGAGUACAUUUUCUAAAGCAAAUGAUGAUUCUAGUAUUUGAACAUCUGAUUGACCUAGCUUAGAUGUCUUUAGAUUUUCAAGCCAGAUUUUCCAAGUGCAGAUUUUCUGUGCACAAGCCUCUUCAAGAUAGCUGGAGUUUGACACUGAGUUCCUUUUGAGUUUGUGAAAAUGUCCUCUCUCACUUUAAUCCUCCCCACCCCCACCACUCCCCUAAAACCAAUGGAAUAUAUAGGAUGAAAUGGUCCUGGCCAUUCCAGGGACAGUUGGAGUAGGGUUCCUGAGCCUGGUAGAUACACAACCCCAAGCAUUUCUGUCUAUCUUGAUUUUUAUCACAAGAAUUAUCCAUAGCAAAGAUGGUCUUUGCUAAGGUAAGAGAGGAAGACAGAAGCUCCCUUUCCUUUAGCUGAGAUUGUUCUAAUUCAAAAAACUGUCUAUUGAAGAUGAGUGAGAGACCAUUUAACUUCCAAUUUACUCAGGUGUGGGCAGAUAGAAAUUGCUGAAGGCAACUGAGGAUGAAGUCCCAGUGAUUAUGUUUAUGCUAGAAAUCCUCAGAUGAUGCUUUAACUUUCCUUGGCUCUCUAGCAUGUUUAUUUUCUUUCCCUAAAUGCAGUUUCCUACCCAGUGAGGAAAUGGGAGUUCCUUGUUCUUCUCAUUUAGUAUUUCUUAGUUUUCAGAAUAUACCAUCUCCAUCUAGGUCACUCACUAGAUUUCUUCCUGUUGCAAAGAGGGACAAAUGUCAAUGGGGGCUCACAAAAUGAGAACUCCUUGCCUCCGAGGUCUUCUGCCAGGUGAGUUGUCAACGGGUGGAAGCUUCCGCGCAGGGUCUCUCUGUUGUGUGCUUGCUUGUAUAGUGCACGUUGGCAAUACUGCCUUGCACAGUGGGAAACCUAGGUCAAAUCUCCAAGUCCUUGAAGCUACAUUUCACUUUCAGCUGGUGAAGUGCUACUUGAAAGCUAUGUCUUGCAGCUACUGUUAGGUUUUUCCCUCCAGGAGGGAAUCAUACCUUAGCUAUACCACUGACCCCACGUAUUUUUUUUAGCCCUGUGCCUCUUCUUCCUAGACCUUUAACCUUGAUAAGCUAAUAUUCAUUCCUUGUACGAAAAUGUUCUGUGGAGAGGCAAAAUGUCAACAGUAUCAGUGCCUCAGACUCCCUCCAUCUGGCUGUGACAGGAGAUCCUUGAAUGUCAUAGGGAAGGUCGUUGCUGGGACAAGAGAAACCUACCCAAUGCAGGAAAUUCUUUUGGUACCCCACUUUAAAUCCUCUUCUACCCAGAUUUCCAGCCCACUGUUACAUACCCAGCUUGGUGAGGGUGUUACUUAAGCACUUUGGCUUCUGAGUAUCUGUUUCCUUUACGUGCUUUCCCAGUUCACCUCUUCAUGGCAUUUUAGCAGAAGUGUUACACAUCAACUAUUGCUUGAUCUGGAUGUCUGGUAGAAAAUACACUCCUAAAUGAAAAGACCAACUGUCAGUGAGAACUGCAGUGUAAGUAUUGUGGCAUUAAUGAGUCCGGUUUAACAGAGAUGUUCCUGUCUGUUGCAAUUGUGCCUAACUCUGUUCAGAAGAUUUGUGAAGUUCUUGCAUCAGGCUUUUCCACAGGGAUCUGCCAGUUGGCUGUGGCAAGUUUGCUUAAGCCUGUUCAGUAACAAAUUGAUUUUAGCCUCCAUCAGGUAGCAGAUGUGCAGCAUGUGCUGUCUUCCUGAUGACCACAGAAGUGGUUUAUGUGUAACACGAGUAACAACUUCAAGUAGAAGUUUUCAGGAGAAGACACAUAGGACUUAGGAGAAAAGGGUUUACUUGUGGUUUUUGCUACAGAUUGCCUGCUUACCCCCUCAAACUGAUUAACCACUUCAUAUCAAAUUGCUGCUCUCUGUCAUCAAGGACUAAUUUUUCCCAGUCUCACAGAUGUUAAGGUAAAAUAUUUUUAAUGUAUUUUGAAAAAUGCUAGUACAAAGAAUUGGAGUCUUGAAAGAAAUGAGCUGCUCUGCCUAUAGAAGUUCAUCCAGUUGAACGCUAGUCACAGGUCACCAUGACGUUUUGCUUUGCCAUAGCUGGUUAGAGAAUAUUUGAAGUGUACCACGACCAUGAGAUGUUGCAUUAUGUCCGUCUUGAUUAAAUUGAUACUUCAUAAAGCAUCUUCCUGUAUUGCCCAUUCAGUGUGAUAAUUAACUUCCCAUCAUGUAGUGCAGCUUUUUCUCCAUCUAUCAAGCCAAAGGCCUUGAAUCUUCUGUCCUCCAGACUAAGACUUCCUAGCCUAUUUAGUUAUUGUUUUUAAUGAAAGCCAUCCAGUAACUGUGAUUAUCCCUGUUGCUCUUCUCUGCAGUCUUUCUGGUCCUACUUCUUUCUUUUUGAGAUAGAAGAUUUAGAAUCCUAUGGAUAUUAAAUUAUGAGGUUUCUUUUCACUGUUUUCAGUGGUCAUCUAAUCAGACCUUGCUUAUCUCCAGCUUUUAGCCUCUUCCCUGACAGCCUCAAGAUCGGUAAGUCUGGUGGGGUUAGCAACUGAAACUAAAAUUUAGAAUGAAAACAUUUUUGUCUUUGUGUUUUCUUUAAUGUAAAUGUUCUGUUUAAUUUCCGUAUACAUCCUGGGUUUUGAUCAGAAGGCUUAAAUACCUAAAGUAGACUUCUGACUAAAGAGAGAUUUAAAUGGAAACCCUAUCGAUUUGGAUAUAUUUUAGAAAGAAUAUUAGGACACAGUUACUUUCUGUGAAAAGAUCUGCAUGGGCUUUUUUUCUAAAGAAGAAAAAGAAUUAAUUUCAUUACCUUGAAAGAUACUGUGAGAUGGAAUAAUUUGCUCUGGUCCACUCUGCUACAGACUCCUUUUAUUUUGGAGGCAUUUAAGAGGAAUAAGACUGUAAUGUGUUUUAGUCCUUGUCGACCCGAUUUGAUCCAGUUCUCAGAAAGAUCACUGUAGUAUUUUCAAUAUUUUGAUCUGUCAGUUCAUCCACUUUGUACUUUUUCUUUAUUUUGUACCCAUAAAUGAGCGAAAAACUAGGGUUCUCUUAAUCAGUACCAGCAACGUAGAUGACUUGCAAAAUGGUUAAAAAACAGUCAAGCACAUGUAUAUACUGCCAAAGAAAAAUUCAGUACUGCAAAAAAGAUUCCAGACAAUUUUCAGGCAGGAUAUAUGCAUAGAUUUCUUGGAACUUUGUAUUCACUAUUUAGAAUUAAAACUGGUGAUACUUAGAGAUGUACCUGUUGAAAUUAAUCUAUACCCAUGUUAUUAUACAAAACUAUUUCAUAAGACAUAGAGUACUUUCCCAAGAAAGGGAACAAUCUUUUACUGUGUUAUGCAGGCUUACUACAAGAAAAACAUUAUAGAUGAUGAGGAAUAGCUAUUCAGAAUCCCUGUUUUAGAAAUUAUCUGUGAUGAUACUAAAAAUAAAAUACAACUGUGUAUGCCAAAUCAUCA